AUGUCGACCUUGCAGCAAACACAGGCGCCGACGCGAAAGCGUCCGGCAGAGUCGGUGGCGGAAGCACCGAAGCGUGUCAAGACCGAAAUUCAAACGCGUCCGUCGCUGUCGCUGACGGAUCUACUAUCCCGAAAGGCAGCGACAGAGCCGCAACUGUCGCUCUCACAAGCAUCAGAAGACUCGGACGUGCCGCUAGCGAGAUUCGCAGCGCAGCAGAAAGCCAAGCGAACUAAAACUCACGGUAAAACAACGGAACAGGGUGAGGUGGUGUUCGAACUGUCGAGUAAACGCCGCGUAACUGUGCGCAAGUGGAAGGGGAUGAAGUUCGUGGACAUUCGCGAGUAUUACGACGACAAGGGGCAAGCCAAACCCGGCAAAAAAGGUAUCUCGCUCUCGCCCGAUCAGUGGGAAAAGCUUUUUGGCUUCUCAGAUGCAAUUGCAGAAGCGAUCGAGUUGGUGGAGGAAAACAAAGUGGGGAUUGAGUCACUCGCUGGUGUACCGGGCUGCAUUCUGAGGCCAGACGGAAACGUCCGAGCCAUCGCGCUGCCGCUGUCGAGCAAACGCCGUGUUACGGUUCGCUACUUCAACAACGCGGUGUUGAUUGAUCUCCGUGGGUUUUACGAUCAGGACGGCGUGUCGAAACCUGGCAAGAAGGGUAUUUCGCUCUCUAAAGAUCAGUGGGACGCGCUGCGAGAAGUUGCGGGCGAGAUAACGGAAACAGCAGAUUGCCUUUGA